UCCUUGUUAUUGUUCAUGGCGUUUUAUGACUUGUCCCUUUAUAUCUGCCGAUUAUGACGAGUUUUUAAGUGAUUAACACGACACACUGUGUCCAGUGGAUGAAUUUAUCUUUGUACAGUGUUAUUUAAAUACAAUAUUAUUGUAACAAUAAGUGAUUACUGAGUUGUUACUGGAGUUACUCGUAGGAACUGAACCUCAUAAUAUUCUUGCUAAAAGUCAUCAAGAAUCGGAUAGUUUUGAGAAAUGGGGUACCGUGUGUGCUGUGUCUUCUGAUAGAUUUGUGAUAACUGCGGGAGUUUAUUAUUAUGAUAGUUAAUUAAAUAACAAAGCCUGGCGUGGAUUUAAAACAGCUUGCGAUCGGCCAGGCAACAAAAAAUAACCUGAGACCUAUCCAGGCUUCUUGGGUAGUUAUGUGAUUAAUGAUUGUCAUGGCGGCAGACAGUGAUGGUGAUCUGAUUGAGACAGUGGUAACCUGUGAAGGUGAUUUAGGUGAUCCAGAGUUUCCAAAUAAGUUUAAAAUAAUUGUUGACCGGCUAAAGUACCUGCUAUCAAAGGAAAAAGGUGACGUAUUGAAAGUAAAUAAAGUUGAACCAUGGAAUUCAGUACGAGUGACGUUUUCGAUACCCCGGGAGGCAGCGUUACGGUUGAGAGAGUUAGCGAGCGAAGGCUCGUCAACGCUAACUCAGCUGGGAAUAUUAUCGGUGCAAGUGGAAGGAGACCAAGUGAUAUCGUUGCGAAUUGCCAGCCGGUUUGGCGAGGAGACACAGGAGAUAGUGUUACACUCUGGUGGCACACAAGACGGAAGUAAAUCGAGGAGUGAUACGAGUAGCAAUGGUGCGUCAUCAUCAAGUGACAGCAGUGAUGCCUCAACAUCUCUCCCAGGUCCCAGUAGUGCGUGUAAUAUAUCGACGAUGAUACGGGAUGUCGCUCAGUUGAUUGGAGCUGAAGCUACUGGAGAUAAGCCGCCACAAUUUCGUUCACCGAAUGUCGUUGCACCAACAGACUGUGAUCCUAUACCAGCGUUUCUCGCCAAAACAGUUCAAUCAUCUUCAAAUGUUAUUAAUACACAUAAUAUUACUAGCAACCAGUCAUCGUUAGCUAGCAAUUCGAAUGCAUCACCUCGUAAUAAUUAUAAUGGACCAUUCCCAUUUGCCAGUAUGACACACGCGGCUCAAGCAAUACACAGUCGCGAGUCACAGCAACAGCAGCAAGCUGGCACUAUAAAAACAACACAACAAUUUAAAUCACAUCACACACAACCGCCUCCGCCUUAUCCAGCAACAGAAGUCCUGACAACCUCCCAUGUACUAAAUACCGGACACACGACAACACAAUCAACGUCUGUCUCUGUUCCACCUAACCAAGUUGUUGGACAGUUUAAAACUAAUCUACCCUCGACAUCAACCAGCAGUCAUGCUGGUACUUCAAAUGGCAACCAAGUUGCGCUGUCAAGUCCACUCCUUGUUAAUUUACUCCAAAAUGACGGAGGUUCUCAUCCAAAUAAUAUUACGAUAGGACAAAAAAUGCAGCCACCUGCUGCGUUGGUUGAUGCUGCGGGUAUGAGUCGGAUGAAACCAACUAAAAAACCAACUCGCAGGAAAGACAUGCCAUUGGCCAGUGAAUCGCCACCUAAUUUAGAUUCACUGAGACCUGAAGAUUUGAUUGGUGGUACUGCUGGAGCUAUUGGUAAUCUUGCGUCUACUGGACCGUCAGCAUUUGCUACUGUGAAUGUUAACCAACCGCUAACUUUACCCCAGCAGCAGCAGCAGCAAAUUAAUGUAACGCAACAGACAAUUCAACAGCAGCAGCAGGUACCCGUAUCAAGUCAAAUACCGUCACAAACUUUACAUACACAAGUACAAAUUCAGCAACAAAAAUUCCCAGUGAGGCAAGAAUUAGCUUAUCGGCAAAAUCAGAUCGUGCAUAAUCAAAUGACCGUAAGACAUCCAGUAAAUGGUCAGCAAAUAAGAACGUCGUUGCAACAGCGACAGCUUCUUCUUCAGCAGCACCAGCAGCAAUUAUUAGCACAGUCGCAGAAUAUUGUAAGCAAUUCAGUGUUACAGCAACAGCAGCUUAACACGUCCGUUCAACAAACAGUACAACAACAGUCUGUAUCCCUGCAAUCCGUCCCAUCAAAUUCACAAUUGAUUUCACAGCAAAUAAUCCAGCAGCCGUCAGUGGGUCUCAAUGUCGCCCAACAGAGACUCGGGUAUCUGAGUAAUAGUCCAAGACAACCAACUCCACCGCCUUAUCCCCGACAAACGCCUGCGGCGACUGCCACUGCCACUGCUUCCCAACAGCCGCAGCAGCAGCAACAAAUUCCUACACUAAAUGUACAGCAACAGCUACAUCACAAUCAACUAAAAAAUGUUAAUAUAAAUACCAGUGCGACAAAUGAUUUUCGUUAUGGUCAAAGCCAAAAUAUCCUCAGUAGAAAUUAUAACGUUGCUACGUCAUCAGGAACGACAAGCGCUAAUGGGACCACCACUACUUGGAAUCAACAAACAGCCAGCAGCUCUGUACCACAGGCUGCUCAAACAAAUACAAAUACAAACACAAAUCCUGCAACAACAACAACAGCAACUACAAAUAAUAAUAAUAAUAUAAAUACAAAUACUAAUCAACAACGUCUAGCAGCAGUUACUAGCCAGACGACAGCUCCAGGUGCCUUUACACAACAAAAUUUAACGCGUGUUAAUCACGUGACGGCAAAUAAUCCAAUAAGUUCAAAUACAAAUUUAAAUAUUCAGCAACAAGAGCCCGCAGUGUCGGACUCGGGGGUUAAAGUGAAUGAUAACUCGGCGUCGACGACGACGACGGCCUCGAGCCCGCUGAUUGAAGAGCCUGAACCAGAGUACACGUCAACUGGUAAAAUACGUCAGUUUUUGAUAAAUCCACUGACGGGUCAUUUGGAACCGAUGCCCAGUGAGAGUUCAGAAUCCGAGCCUGAAAGUGCUGUUGACAAUCAAGACGAUUUUUUUUCAUUUCCGUCGCCGUCAAAUGAUCGCUCCAAUUCUAUAUUCUCUGACGAUGACGCUGACAGCAAUAUUUCGCGUCGGAAUGAUACGACGACAAAUACAGAUCAGUCGGAUUCAGAGACAACGGGAAAAUCUACUGGCAGUGAAGGAAGUCUCAAACAACAUGGAAGGUUAAAAUCUUCGAGAGACAGUCCAAUGCCGGGUGAAAAAAUAAAAUUACGGCUGAAAUUAGAAAAAUCAGAACCUGUUACACCAGCGUAUAAAGUUGACGUCUCAUUCGUCAACACACCGCCGAUGAGAAAAGCUGACAAGUCGGUUAAUAAAAUAUUUACAGGUGUCGCGGCUAAUUCUGGUGGCGGUGCUGGUAGUGCUGCUGGUGGAGGAGGAGCUGCUGGAGCUGGUGGUAACAGUGGAGCUGACGAACCACGUGUACCUCCGCUUCAUAUAUCCCUGAGAGGCCGCAAUGCUUCUGUUGUGCAGAUAAGAAAAAAAGAAAAGAAAUCACUGCGUGAUGACGACAGCGAUUCAAACCCAGGGAAUGUCAAGAGACGGGGUAAAUUUAAAAAAAUGAAGGACAGUACUGAUGGCAAUAAACUGCUGCAGAAAAAAUCAUUGAAUAUGAUAAUCGCUGGUGGUGGUGGUGGCGGUGGUACCUCGGGAACCAAGUUGCCAUUGAGUAAUUCUGCGGUUGUUAAUACUGCGAGUGUUGCUGGUAAAAUGAAUAAUUCGCUGCAGAGUGUUGUCUCGAAACCCAAUGCUUUGAAGCAGCAGGACAGCAUACAAGAUCCUACGACUCGGCUACAAGUUUCUGGAGCUGGUAGUAAAGCUAGUUCGAGUAAAAGCAGUGAUGUUGAUGAUAUUCCGUUAAAUAGUAGGAUACCAUCGCCUAUGAAACACAAAACUAUCGUCACACAGUCGUCAAAUGCACAGAGUCUCAAUAAAAAUCAGGGUGAUGAUGUUCAGAAUCAUACUAAUGAACAUAAAAUUGGUGGAGGUAAAACAAAGAGAAGAGACUCGAAAAAGAAAAAUGAAGCAGGCGAAAGUCCGCAUCGUGAACAAAAUUUAUUGUCGGGUGGUAGGAUACUGGACAAUCAAACUAAGUGGAGAAAACUUGGUUACAAGGGUGAUCCUGAUCAGCCUGUCAAUAAAAAAACAGCUGGUGGUAAUGCUGAGUCGCAUGGAAAUGAUACGGGAACAAUUAAAAGAGUCGGCGACGUCAGAAGAACGAGUGACGGUGACAUCGCCACGAGGAGCGCAGACAAAGGAAAAUCUUCAAGUGGAGUCGCGCCCCGUGUUGCUGAAGUCAAUGGUGUUAGAAAAGAUCUUGUUAACCAGGAAAAGCGACGACGGUUGAGUUUAAUUGAAGAAAAAGACUUUCAUUCAUCAGAAUCUCAAAAUCCAGAGACAACACACAAGUCAGACUCAAGUACGCACGCAGCAUCAAAACUUACGUCAAACUCAUCGUCAUUCGAAAAUGACAGCACGUUAACAAAAAGUUUAAGUUUGCCGAGCCAAAGUCCUGCUCAAAGUCAAUCACUGGGUAAACAUGACGUAGUAAAAACUACAUCUACAUCAUCAUCAACGUCAUCUACGUCUUCUUCUUCGUCUUCGCUUUCUGUCCAGCAUGACGGAACAAAGACAAAUACAAUAGCAAAUAAAAUAAUUCCCGGUAAAAGUAAACCCGAGUUGGAUAUUAAGUCAAAUGCGGUUGCUAAAACUCAGAGCGUAUUGCAAAAAGUAAACAAAAACAAUUCAUUAUUAAAAAGCAGUGAAGUAACAUUAAGUAAACACAAAGUCGAGCAUCCGAGUCAUAAAAAACUGACCCAAAAUCACGUGAUAAAGUUUUCUGAGCGGACUAUCGCGACGGCUAAACUGGAGCAGAAAGUCAGUUUGCUAAAAAGUUCACAGAAUCCGGGUAACGUUGAAGCUCGGGCAUCUAACGUCGAUUCGCCUCCAAAUAAGCCACAGCCCCAACAGCCUCAACCACAGCAGCAGCAGCAACAAGAGCAGCAGAGUCUUCCAGAGACUGUCGAGCUUGAAAAAGCAAAACCAAAGCUACCAGACAACGCGGUGAUGCCCAUCGGAAUAAUUGACAGCAACGCCGAGCGCGUAGGCAACGGCGGCAAUGCCAAUGCCGGUGAAGACUCGGGUAUCGAAUCAAUGGACGCGCUCUCGGAAAAGUCACCAAAUCAAGGUGAAUCUCCACUCCACAGACCAGUAACCGAAUCAUCUGUUGGCCAGAGUUCCGCUCCAGUUGGUUCGAAAAAUUUGCCAAUCACAGCAAUAACCGUAGAUGAAUCAUCAACAAUAACAAAUAAAAAUAACAACGUGCCUUCCUCAACUAGCAGUGAUAUGUGUUCAAGUACCGAACUUUUAAAGUCCAAUGAUCCAAAGACAUUGAGUCCUGUGUCUGUCGCUAAUUAUCUUGAUACUCAAUUGAGGCAAGACACCGCUGCGACUAGUGAUUCUGUUGGUUCCCCGAAAUCUUGUGAACAAUCUGUAUCAUUGACAUCACGAACUAAUUUAAAUAGUAGUAAUAAUAAUAGUAGUAAUAGCAAUAGCAAUAAUAACAAUAAUAAUAAUAAUAAUAAUAAUAAUAAUAAUAAUAAUAAUAAUAGUAAUAAUAGUAGUAGCGGUAGUGAUAAUAAUGAACGCAAUGACGAUGGAUUGAAUGCGAGUGAUAAAAACAAUACCGGUGAUAAGGAUAAUCUUGCAAGUCCAUUGAUAACUGCUACCACUACUGUUGUUAACAGUGAUAGUUGUGAUAAUCGAUUAUUACAGUGUGCUAAGACAUCUGGUACUGGUACUGGUACUAGUGUUGGUGCUGGUGCUGGUACUGGUGCUAGUGCUACUACUGCUACUGCGACAACAAUAACGAGUGUUGCUGAAAGUAUGGUAAUAAAAAACACUGAGGACAAUUGUCCUGUUGAAAGUGAUAAAGUUGAAAAAAAUGUGAGUGAGAUUAAACAGGAAGAAGGGAGCGAUGAUGUUGUCAAGACCGAGGAAUUGGUUGAGGAUAAAAAAUUAGAUAGUGGUGUUGUUGAUACUGUACAUCAAAAUAAUAAUAUUAUCCAAGAUGGUGAGCAGUCUGAUAGCAAAAAUAUUAUUCCAAAGCCGUGUAGUCCGAGUUGUGAUGAUAAAAAUAACUCGGAUGUUGAUAAAAGUGAGCAUUUAAAUUUGGACAAUAAUAAAGUUGGUAAGACUGAAGUUGAGCCUGAUGAUACGAGGCAGGAAAAUGAAGCUAAGAGUCAAUUGGUAUUGAAGGCUGAUAAUGUUAAAGUUGAGGCGGAAAAUAAAUGUCAGGUUUCGUCUCAACCGCAAGCUCAAGUUCAAACUCAAGCUCAAGUACAAGGUUCUGCUCAACGGAUUGUCAAGCGCGAUAAACCUGGUCAGCAAAAAAGUCCUGAUGAAGGUACGAAGAAGGCUACGGAACCGCCGGAAAGUUUACCCUCGCCACUAGAUGAUGAUCCGCAGCCAAUAAGAAUAACACCGCCCUUGUACACUUACUCAAAUCCUGUGGUACUUCAACGCGAUGACACGCCGAGUCCGGCCGCGCAAGUUGACGUCGACGGAUCAAGUGAAGUAGAAAAUAUGAAACGAAAAAGACGGAGAAAACAAGAGUUAGAAGGUCGUCAGGAUGUUAUUUGUAUUGAAGACAAUGACGAUACUCAUUUUGUCGACAGACUUAAUCCGACAAUGAACUCUGAGGAUUUUGUUAAACGUACGGGUGGUAAAUCGUUGCUUGAACAAUUGCUUAUUGAAAUACCCAAUGACAGCAGUGAGAAACGUUCGUUACGUACGCGAUCACAGAAAUUGAAUAGUCCGGAUAUUGCCAAGACACCUAAAUGCAGUCCGCAUGCUGGAGUUGGGGUUGGGGUUGCUGUUGGUGUUGGUAUUGGUGUUGCUACUGCUGGAAGAGCCGAAGAACGACGUAGUAUAUCACCGUACGCAAAAGCUAGUCCUAAAUUAGGUUUGUCGAAGCUGUCACCCAACACUGCCAACACUCCGAGUACAAAUACACCAACACCAGCUACUGGAACAACGGUUGGAGUUAAAAGUAAUAAACGCAGAAGAUUAGAGAGUGAGAGUUCCGUUGCUUCAAGUACUGCUGACGAGCCACCACCAAAAUUGGGCAAACGUAAAUCAUCGGAAAAUGCUGCUGAGCUGAUAAAAGUUUACAUGGGCGUUGAAGAAGCUGGUCAUAUUAAAAAACAAUUACACGCUAAAGAUGAACAAUCCAAAAAGGGUUUUAGUAUACUUGCUAAAGCUAAAAAAGGUCCAAUUUUAGUUGAUGUUGAAUCGUCAGAUGAUGAGCCUCUGAUAGAUAUGGCAGCAAAAGCAAGAAUGCGAUUGACUGAUGAAACUGCAUCAUCAAAGCUCAAAGAUCAAAAAUCAACAUUGAGUACUCCAGUGGGUGGUCAAUUAAACUCGAGUAAUGUAUCGAAUUUCAAUGCAACACGUGUUCAAAGGGAGAGUAGACUAUUAACGACAAAACAACCGGGAAAUGUUAAUUCACUGUCGGUGGGUAAAGAACGACUACGUGGUACAUCUGUGUCCAGUAAUGAAUCCGUUGGUGAAGUAACGACACGUAGAUCUGUAAGACAAAGUGCCGUCUCACCAUUGGCUACACCAGCAAGCAAUACAAGAGGCGCAUCCAGAUCUAUGGAGGAUGUUAAUAGACGAAAAACACGGAGUGGUGCUGUGACAGCUGAGACAGCAGAACAGGCGAAACGGAGACGAAUAUCACGAGAAAACAAAUGACCUUCGGGAAGCGACCUUGACAGUGAUUAGCUAUCGUCGCUCGUCAAGGCAUUUAUUGUCUGGUUAUUUGUCUAGUGCCAACGGUUAUUUGAUAUCUAUCGCCGUGUGGCUGGACCCCACCUGGUGAAUCCCAUGUACGUGUCAAAUUGCGCACAACUUAUUAUUAUUAUUAAUAAUAUUUAAAAAAUAACAAUACAAUAAAAUACUACAUGCUCUAAAAUCAGUCUCAAAUAGAUAAAUAAAUAAAUAUAAAAUAUAUAAAAGUAAAGGUGUCUAAAGUAAAAGGCAUGGCCGUGUUAUGACACUUGAUCUCAAUGUGUUACGUGUUAUUAAUAAAUAAUUAAAAAUUAUUAACAUGAGCAUUAAAUGCUUAUUAUUAAUGAGCUCAAAGCUCGGGGUUUCGCUGGGUUAAGUCUUUUGGCGAACGUGCAUUUUACUUUUAGAUAUCUUACUUUUGCUAGUUUAGUUACUUAGCUUUUUACAUCAUCACUAUUUAGAAUUAUUAAUAAUAAUAAUAAUAAUAUUAAUUUAAAUAAUAUUUAUAAUUAUUAUCUUUGUAAUAUUAAUUGUAGACUAAGUAACUAAACUACCACGAGUAUCAGUUACUAACUGCCGAGUUGUUGAAAAAUAAUUAAAAUCCCUGUUAUAUUCUUCUUACAAUAGUUGCGAUCUACGGUCGUGUUAAAAAAUAAUUAAUAAUUAAUUAAUUAAUUAAUCAAUCAAUCAAUCAAUAAUGAAAGUUUGAUAAAUAUUUCGCAAUUUUAAUAAUAUUUAUAUUUCACUAUACUCGUGUGUCCGUAAUUGUUCCUGGUGAUUAUGAUCUUUUGUACAAAAAAAGAAAAAGAAAAAAAAAGAAUUAAUUAUUUAAAUGAAAAUAAUGAUGAUAAUGACAUGUAGACUGGGUCAAAAGAGCUGCAACUAAAAUUGUUAAAUUAUUUUAAAAAAGUUUAAAUUAAUUACGCGCCAUAAUCUGACCGUACUGCCGUUGUUAAUAUCAAAUACCAAAUUACUAUACGCUCUUGACGAUGCGAUUUUAAUUAAUUAAGAAAAUCGUUGAGUAAAUCCUUGGACAAAUUUGUGGGGGAAAAUUUGAAUUUUGAAAUACAUCACAUUAAUUAUUGAAAGAUUUUCUUUUUAAUUUAUAUUUAUUUUUUGCUUUGUUUGUUUUCUUUUUUGUAUCGUAGGGUAAAUUAUUUAGUCCCCAAUUUUGAAAAUGUUUUUUUUUUAAAUUGUCAAGUAACAAAAUUUUGAUUUUAUGCUUAUUGAUAAAUUAUCACGUCGUUAUCAGUAGAAAAAUCAUUGAAGUACUAAAAUAAAUCAAUUCAAAAUUUAAAAAAUAAAUAAUUAAAAUUAUUUUCUUUUAUAAAUUUAAAUAUUUAAAUAUAUGGGAGUCUGGCAAUCGGAAGCUAAUAGAUAAAAAUAAUGAG